AUGCAUUUACCGGCUUCCCUGGUCGAUUUUAACGGCAAAUCAAUAAAUCGAUAUUUUCAGAAAAAUUCGAUGCAUGCAGACUCACGGCGUCUUGAACUGUCGAACGGUAAAGAGGCAAAGGUGGAGGAGAAAUGCGAACGAUACCAGGGCGACAUUAAAGGCUUUCGACCGGUCGAAAUCACUCAAAACAAUCAGAAACUGCAGCUCGACCCAAUAACGCACAGUGAAAAUGUCCCGGAUCUGUUCGCCCAUAUGCGUUCACAAUCAUCGUUGAUUCCUGCAUCCACAACGGAGGUGAUUACAAAUCCUGAUGGCAGUACGACGACACGAGUACGAAGCAGUAAAAGUUACAGUUCACACUUCUCCAAACAUGAGACGUUCAUCAAUGGCGUGAAGCAGAUGUCGAAAAGCACUUUCAAGGCAUUCGUCGAGUACAAAAAGGAGGAUAUCGUGUCAAACUGGCAGAUAACGCUGACGAUUUGUCCGAAGAGGAGACGGAAGAUGAUGAUCGCGCUAGCAGGUGCUACUCGGAAAUUACCGACAGCCGACAGCGAAAGUGACAUCCAACCGUACGCAGCUCAAUCAAAACAACAGGCUGAAGCGAAGAAACGUUACGACAAGGCCUGGUUUGCUGCCAAGGAGCUGGUAGAUAGUGAACAGCGCUAUGUGGAGAAACUGCGGCUACUAGACGAGAUAUUCCGUCAGCGAGUAGUCAAAGAAGCCGCGAUCGAUAAGGAGAAACAACAAAAAUUGUUCGCAAACAUCUCCAGCCUUCAUCAAUUCCACAAUACACAUUUUCUUCCACAGCUUAUGGAAGCAAGUCGUGAUUGGCAUACUACCAAGAGGAUAGCGAAUGUGGUCCGUAAGCAGGCACCUUUCCUGAAAAUGUACUCCGAAUACACUAACAACUAUGAACGAGCGUCACGAAUUUUCGAGGAAUUGAUAAAAGAAGAAGAAGUUCGCCGAUGUGGUACGGAGAUUGAAAAAGUUCCCGAAUGUGAAGGCCUCCCUCUCGCUCAUCAUUUGAUCUGCCCUGUACAAAGGGUCAUGCGAUACCAAUUGCUAUUACAGGAGUAUAAGAAACACCUACUCGAAACAGAUGUUGACUACGAGGACACUGCUUUGGCUCUUCAACUCGUUCUUCAAGCCGCAUCUCAUGCCAAUGAGAUGAUGAAGAAGCUGGACGGCUUUGGAAAAGUGAUUGAAGGUACAAGAGCAGCUAGGAACUCGAUAUCAUUGGUGUCACCUGGACGAGAGUUGCUCAAAACCGGCGCGCUACAGAAAAUUUCAUCGACCACCGAGAAAACCGAGGAACGAACGAUAUUCCUCUUCAACGAUCUCAUUCUGUUGGCCGGUGAACGAAAAAUGAUCGGGCUCUACAAAUAUCGUCUGAGAGCGGUGUUCCAUGCAUGCCACACUCAGAUAUGCGAAGGUGACAAUCUUGAGAGGGAGCACUCAUUCUACAUAAGAGGCUCCGACGGCAAUGGACCACAACGAUGUGUUGAACUGUUCUCA